ACAAGUUAAAAUGGACUCCAUGCCUCGAACUUAAUAAAUGACAUGCGUUUUCUCACUCCCUCACGUACGUAUUUUCAGAGCCUGACACAUUUUUAAAAUGAACAUUGGGUCUGACUAAAUUAUAAUUCUGAAAUAGGGAUCUUCAGCUGUUUCUGUCGCCAUCGCAUUAUGUUAGGAAAGACUCGUUUAUCGAAUGUGUUUGAAUGUGUCUGUAGGUUUGAUUCAUUUCCAGGUUAAAACAUGUCGACUGGAAGGCCUAUAUUAUGCUUAUAUUCGAAACUAGUUUAUCUGCGACAUAAAAACACGUUUUACUGUUAACCAGGCGCAAAGUCUCUGCAGCACCGAAGUGCGUAUGUACAGUAGAUGUGUCAUCCACACAGCGCUGUUUAUUUUAGGAGGAGGGGAGAACAGCUUGUGUGAAGGGGGAUUUGCCUAUACUACGUCACGGAUUUGUCAAAAUACUGUCAAUCUUUUCGCCUGGCCAAUGAAUCCAAUGAGCAACUCCUUCGUUGGCUUGGCAAGUACGCCUCUUAAAGAUCGCGCCGCCUUAUAUGACUGUUUUUUCUUCACUGUUCCAAGAUGGGCUGUGUAUAACGUCACAUGUUGUUUUUUUCUUAAGCUCAGUCAUUCUGAGUGAGGAGUUAUUUGCUCUGAACAAACAGACGUCGCAUGGUGAAACAGCGCUGAAAUCUCAAUUUCUCGGAUAUUUAAGUUUAAAUCUCUUUUACUACGGAUGGAUAACAAGUUCUAGAAACUUAAGUAAAUACAUUGUAAACGCAAGUAUGGCAAGUCCGCCUCUUAAAGGGGGAUACUCGUUAUCAAAUGACAACAUCAUUCAUUCAAACAACAUCAAAAAAUGUGGAUACCUCAAGAAGCAAAAACAUGGACAUCGGCGCUAUUUUGUUUUGAAAGAUCAGAGUGACGGACUCCCUGCGCGGCUGGAGUACUAUGAGAAUGAAAAGAAAUGGAAAAACAAGUCCGCUGCAAAAAGAGUAAUUUUUCUCGACUCUUGUUUGAGCAUAAACAAGCGCGCUGACGCGAAACACAGAUAUUUGAUAGCUCUCUAUACCAAGGACGAGUAUUUUGCUGUUGCUGCGGAGAAUGAGCAAGAACAGGAGAGUUGGCAUGGAGAUUUAACUGAUUUAUUAAGUAAGGGAAAAAUGUGUGACAGCUCCGUUUCUAGUUCGGCAUCAUCUCUGGUGGGCUUCGACGAGGGAAAUUACGGCGUGAUUACACCAGUGAAUGCUGCGUAUAAGGAGGUAUGGCAAGUUAAUCUUAAAGCAAAGGGACUUGGGCAGAGCAGAAAUAUCACUGGAGUUUACAGGCUGUGCUUAUCAAGUCGGACAAUUAGCUUUGUGAAACUUAACUCGGAGGUGGCAUCUGUGACUCUGCAGUUGAUGAAUAUACGCAGAUGUGGGCACUCUGAUAGCUUUUUCUUCAUUGAGGUUGGAAGAUCUGCCUCUACUGGACCUGGAGAGCUGUGGAUGCAAGCAGACGAUUCUGUGGUGGCACAAAAUAUACAUGAGACCAUUUUAGAAGCUAUGAAAGCGAUGAAAGAGCUGUCAGAGUUCAGACCACGCAGCAAAAGCCAGUCGUCGGGAUCAAAUCCCAUAUCUGUACCGACUCGGCGAAACCUAAACAAUUUACCCCCUAGUCAGACAGGGUUGGUGAGGAGGUCAAGGACGGACAGUUCAGCAGCCACAUCUCCUGUCACCAAGUUUUCUUCUUGUCGAAUACGGACAGCGAGCGAAGGGGAAGGUACCAUGACCAGGCCAGUCUCCAUAUCAAUAUCUGAGAAUGGAAGCCCGACGACUGUCGGCCGGAACCACAUAAGCAGAUCUAACACGGUGUCUGUGGGCUGUCGGACAUCAGAACCUUCACUGCUUCAUCACAGCAGGUCCAUGUCAACGACAAUGUCCCAUUCGCCUCCAUCUGCUGUAAGCCCACUAAGUUUGUCCUCAAUUAGCAUGAAUGGUUCCAUCUCAUCCACAGCACACAGACCCUCCAGCUGCAGUGGUUCUGUUUCUGGGUCACCAAAUGAUACUGGCUCUGGCUUCCUCUCGUGUGACGAUUACAGUUCUAGCCCAGGGGAUGUGAGGUACAACCUAGUAAACAGGAGUGACACACCUUCUUCUCUUUCCAGCACACCACCCUCAAGAGAAGCCAGUGAGCCCCAUGGUUAUAUGGUGAUGGACAGGCCAUCCAACUCCCAGAACAAGAUGUGGCCAAAUAGCAGAGAUAUGUUGGAGGUGGAGACAUACAGGAAGAGGACGUAUUCUCUGACAACCCCGCGACAACAGGUAGCACACUCCCAGCUAUCCUCAGCGUCACUUGAUGAAUACAUGCUGAUGAGGGCUGCAAACAGCCACUCUGGACGGAGCACAAAUUCUGCAUCUCCUAAGGUCUCAUACCCAGAAGAUUAUGGGAACAUUGACAUUGGCUCUAACAGUAAUGUGGCUGAUGAUGGCUACAUGCCCAUGACACCAGGCAUGGCACCUCAGUAUGCCAAAAAUGAGCACUACAUGCCCAUGAGUCCCAUGAGUGUUUCAGCACCCAAGCAGAUCAUUAAUCCAAGGUCACAUCCUCAGCCCACAGGCAGUGGCUGCACUACUAACUCACCCAGCAGUGGAUCUCUAGAGGAUAGCGGGUACAUGAAGAUGUGGUCUGGAUCCAAGUUUUCACUGGAGAGCUCUGAUGGGAGAGCUGUGAAUGGAGAAUACAUGAAUAUGUCACCGACUGACACAUAUGUCUCGCCCACACCACCAGAUUUUUUCCUGGGUCAAUGUGAAACAACUCAACGAUCCUCCCCAUCUCUAAGACAGGCACCUAAACGGGCAGAGGAUGACCAGUAUGUUUUGAUGAGUCCCCAGAGCCAAAAUCCAAUAGAAGAGGCCAACAGGGUUUCUGCCCUGCCCCCUCUCCGUCGCCCUGAUGGCAUGGCACAGAGAGCAAGAGUCAACAGACCCAAUAGGUUAUCUUUAGACACUCUGAGGAUGCUUCCCAGCAUGACUGAACAUCCUCUCCCUUGUGAGCCUAAAAGCCCUGGUGAGUACAUCAACAUAGACUUUGCUGCUGCUACACAGUGCUCUUCUCCCUCUAUGGUUUCUGUGGAAAGCCAGGCCUCCCUGUCCAACCUCAGACAGGGAUCCCCCCUCUCAGACUACAUGAACCUCAAUCCGAAUUCACACUCUCAUAAACUGAGAGAAGCACUCAGCAGUCCCCUGGAUAGAAUGCCAGAGUUGGCUGAAUGCCCAUGCCCAGCUGAUGAGGGGGCUUAUUUCCUCAGUGAACGAAGAAACUCACCAUGCUCAUCUGGCACAGGUAAAGACAAUUACACUGAGAUGAGUUUCAACAAUGGUCCCAUCUCACCUCCAUUCCUGUCUGAGAAUGAUAAGAGUGCUUCAGUCAGCCCCACUAGCAGGGUUCAAAGGCUGAACCUGAGCGACCAGGGAGUGUCAAAAGGAAUUGGUGCUUUCUUGUUGGCUGCCUCCUCUGUAGACCCAAACGGAGGAGCAAAGGUGAUCCGAGCAGACCCUCAGGGCCGGAGACGGCAUAGCUCUGAGACUUUUUCAUCCACCACCACAGUUGCACCUGUCUUUCCUUCUUUUGCACACAAUGUUAAGCGACACAGCUCUGCCUCAGUUGAGAACGUCUCUGUCCGAAGCAGUGAAGGUUCUGAUGAGGAGUACGGGUCUCCCAUGUGCAGAGAGACUUCAGCUGGUUAUCAGAAUGGACUUAACUACAUCGCCUUAAACCUCAUGGAGAAACAAGAGAUGGGCAAUUGUGAAAACCUUGUGGGCUUCAAGACUGGUGGUUGCUGUAAAGCUGGAAUAAAUGGAUUACAUGCAACUCCAUAUGUGUGUCUGGGAUUCAAAGAGACUGCAACCACUGUACAAGAUUGAGCAAGAAGCAGAGUGCUGGUACUGAGGGAAAGUGGAAGCUCAACCAGUAACUAGACUUGACUGGUCUGGACUGGACUAUGCUGCUGUAAACGAACUGUGACCUUUGCACCUCAUCCUAAUGCUGAACGUCAGGCGGCUGGGUUGUGAUUAUUCUAGUGAGGCCACUUUAACAUGCUACUCCUGUUUCUACCAUCUGUACCAUUUUUUUAGGAUCUGCAAAGCUGCUGCUCUGUUGGUAACAAGAGUCAUGAAACAUACAUGCCACUUGCAUGUUUGAACUUUUAUUAAUGUUGUUGAUGUGAACACUUUGUUUUGGGGUUCUUUGAAUUCAGAACAUUGAUUGGAAUAUAGUUUACCCUGAAAUCUGUAAUCUUCAUUUACCUGACAUAUACAACUGUAAGGUACUUAUUGCCCUAUCCUAUGAAUAGCUACAAUUGUGGCAUUUUAGUCAGUUUAAAUGAUGUCUAAAAGAUUUCCACAAGUCCUUUCUCAGGAAAAGACUUGUACUGAUGUACGCAAUUUAGAAGAGAUAAAAAAUUCUUAUUUUUUCCUCCAAAAUUGAAUGUUCUCACAUGACCAAUCCAAAGCCUUACUCUCUCUGUUGGCAAAAUUGCGACUACUUAUCUGGACCUAAACAAUGAGAAAAUAUCAAAAUAUGUAAUAUUUAUUGUAUUCACUCUAUUUUUCUAAAUAUCUAGUUUAUUAAACAAUUACAUAGUAAGUUGCUAUAUAAGAGUUUUGAUAUGCAGAGUGUCUUACCACUUAAUCAGAGGUGGUUAUUGCACAUAAUAUUUAAUAACUACUCAAGAACAUAUUAUAUUUAUUACCAAAUAUGGUCGACCUUUUGCUCCUGUUUCCUCAGAUUCAGUCACUUUCUCACCUUGUUGCGUAAAUCAUGGCCAUUCCCUGUUCCUCUGCCUCAAGAAUUGCAUUCAACAGUAAUAUAAAAUAUGAUAUAACAAUGACUAUUUCCCAUUUGCGUAGAAAUAGCAUGGAUAAAGACACAUGCACUACACUAGAUGAUAUCGAUGCACAGAAAUUUUGACCACAGAAAAUGCCAUAAGACACCGCCAUUGGCUAAAGCAGAAAGAGUAAAAUGGAAGUUAUGUAAUCUCUUGAUAAAUAUCAUUAAUAGAACUGAUAGUUUUUUCCAGACAAAGGCUAAUUUAAAAUGAGAACUCAGUUUUUUAGAUUUGUGGGUUCAGAAUUUGGACAAGAAUUUCUGUUCCUUUCUGUGCAUCUCUACUUGACAACAGUUUAAUAGUUGGUGACUGUCUUAAUCCGCUCACAUUGGCUCUCUGUUGAUAAUAUCGCAGUGAUGUCUCAUUCAACUAGAUUGUAACACAUGACGUGUCUGAAUGUAGAACACAAAACCCUCUUACACAGUAUGAGUGAACAGAUUAGUGGGGCAGAAAAAAUGAUCACAACAGGAGUAAUUUUAGCCAUUGUCUGCUUUUCCCUGAAUGUUGUGAACUAAAUACAAAAAUGUGAUCUGCUUAACAUUUUCAUGACAUUUAAAAUACUUCUCCUCCUACUACGCAAUAGUGUCUUAUAUAAAAAUACUAAGCAAAUAAACUGCUAAGCAAAUAACAAAAUGCAAGAUACUACGCAUUGCAUUGGUGAAACGUGAUUUGUUCAAAACUUAAUAAAUCCCUUAUCUAAAAACACAUGUAUAGCACUGAUGUAGACGUGUUGAUGCUUUUUUUUAUUUUAUGUUUAAAGUCCUAAAAAAGAGUGACACAUGACACAAUGCCACUUUAUUGUGUAAUUUCUUGAGGUAAUGGUACUCAUUCUACUUGAUUCUUAGGAAGGUCUUGCUUCUUGGGUAGCAUUCAUUCACCCUUUGUAUAUGCAAUACUUACAAAUCAGAUUAGUUUACAAAGUGGAACCAAAUGUAUAAAUAUUAUGUUAAUAUAUUUGUUAAAAUAUUUUACAGAGAUAUUGAAUUUAUGCUGUUUGUACAUUUCUUUCUGCCAACUUUUAAAGCUUGUUUUAUUUUGCUUUAUGAAAAAAAAAAAAAAAUAUAUAUAUAUAUAUUCAACAGUGUUCUCAAAGAGUCUAAGUAUAAAAAUAAAUAUCUAUUGUUUGUAUGUAUCAAAGGGUAAAUAUAUUUUCAAUAUUUGCCAGGUUUAAUUGAACAAGCUGUGUCUUCCAUUGUACAAAUGUCACAUACUGUUCAUUGUUAUGCUGUUGAGAAAUCAUUUAAAAUAUCCUAGAUGAAUAUUGCUUUUGUUUGUGUUGCAAAAGAUAGUCACAUGCAAUAAUACAAAUAAAUAUUGUUAUUUAAGGAAAAUAAAA